CAGAGCGUUUGGGUGUGUUUUUUGUGUACGCUACGUGCGAAUUUCUCCAAACGAACAAAAUUGCAAACAAGAAAUUGAUUAACUAAUAUAAUCAACUACGAUUAGCUGCAGCCGUGUAUGUGUUUAACGUUUGUCUGUCUGUGGGUGUGUGUAACGCGUGCGUGAGCUACAAAAUAUUCGUUGUAUAAUCGCCAAAAAGCAGCAAAGAAAAAAAACUAACUACGCUGCCCUCCCGCAUACUAAGAAGACUGUUCGUGUGUAUGUGUGUGUGCGUGUGCGCGUAAAUUAAUAAACACAAAGAAACUAAAAGUUGGAACGACGACGACGACGACGUCAUGCAGGCCAUCAAAUGUGUUGUUGUUGGCGACGGCGCCGUGGGCAAGACCUGCCUGCUGAUCAGCUACACUACAAAUGCCUUUCCCGGCGAAUAUAUACCCACGGUCUUUGACAAUUACUCCGCCAAUGUAAUGGUGGAUGCCAAGCCCAUUAAUCUGGGCCUUUGGGAUACAGCUGGCCAGGAGGACUACGAUCGUCUGCGCCCGCUCUCCUAUCCACAAACUGAUGUAUUUCUCAUUUGCUUUUCGCUGGUCAACCCAGCCUCGUUUGAGAACGUGCGCGCCAAGUGGUUCCCCGAGGUGCGUCAUCAUUGCAACAAUGUGCCCAUUAUACUGGUGGGUACAAAGCUCGAUCUGCGCGAUGACAAGCAAACGAUCGAGAAGUUGAAGGAUAAGAAGCUAACGCCCAUCACAUAUCCACAAGGACUGGCUAUGGCUAAGGAAAUAGCGGCGGUCAAAUAUCUGGAGUGCUCGGCGCUGACCCAAAAGGGAUUGAAGACAGUAUUCGAUGAGGCUAUCAGAUCUGUGCUCUGCCCACCAAUACGCCAUGGACACAAGCGCAAAUGUCAGCUGCUCUAAGUCGUCGCCCACAGCUGCGCUCAGUGCUCAGCUCAGCUCAAUGUUGUUGUUGCUCUGCUCAUUAACAUAGCUGAGCAUCGAAAAGAGAGCGAGAGCGCGCGAGCGAGAUCGAGAGAGCGUAACCAGUCACGGUUGAGUGUGUUUCGAGAGAGCGAGAGCGAGAGAGCGCAAAAGUAUUGCUUUAUGUCUGUCAAGUGUAUUUAUGUUUUUUGUAAGUGGUGCGUGGGGCCCAAGCGUAAACGCCUUCAAUUUGUUUCGGGUCUACUUGUGUAGUAGUGGGGGGAGCCAGUAUAAAAGUAAAAAGUCUAUGACAAAUACAUUUAGAAAUUCUAUGGAAACACCACAACAACAACAACAACAACAGCAAAUCAAAUGCUAUAAUUAAUUGUAAAUAAAUCUAGUUGAGUUGAGACUUGGCGCUUAGGCACACUGAUAAGAGAGCAAGAGAGCGUAAGAAAGAGAGAGAGAGAGCGAUCGAGCGUGCCUGGCGUUUACUUAUCGAUUUGAACAAAUUUGUUGCACACACAUGUACGAAAUUAUUUAAAAAAUUGUUGCUUUAACUUUAACUAAAAUGCAGUGCUUCCAAACUGCAGUGUGCAAAAAUAUUUUUGAAAAAUAUUUAGUAUCAAGCUUUUUUCAUAUGCAUUUUUUAUUU